AUGAAGUUCGACUCCUCCAUUCUCAUCGCCUCUUUGGCUGCCUCCGCUGUUGCGGCUCCGGCUCCUUUCACCAACGCUGGUCUUGGAAAGCGAUGGGUUGACACCACUGGUGGACAGAAGAUGCCUGCACACUUCGUCUCCACCGUCCGCAAGCUUUCCACCGAGAAGCUCAAGACCAAGCGUCAGCUUGACCAACUCCUCGGUGGAUUGACUGGAGGAGCAGGAGGUGCUGGCGGUGCUGGUGGCGCUGGAGGACUUGGUGACCUCCUUGGCGGCCUUACUGGCGGUGCGGCUGGCGGCAACGCGGCAGGUGGAGCGGCAGGUGGAGCUGGAGGUCUUGGAGACCUUCUUGGUGGACUGACGGGCGGCGGCGCUGCUGGUGGCAACGCUGCUACUGCUGGAGCUGCCAACACUGCCGGUGCUGCUAACACUGCCGGUACUGCCAACACUGCUGCUGCCGGCGCUGCGAACGGCAACAGUGCAGGCAAGGGUAAGGGUAAGGGUAAAGGCAACAAGGGUGCCGCAGGGGCUGCUGGUGCCAACGGCGCAGCCAACAACGGCACAGCCGCAGCAGGUGGUAACACUGGUGCCAAUGGUCAAGCUGGAAACGGCCAGGCUAACCUUCCCACUGCCGGUGCUGGUCAAGGCCAACAGGCCGCCGGAGCUGCCACUCCUGCCACUGCUGGUCUCGCUGGUAACGCGGCUCCCCCAGCCCCUCCUGCCAACGGUGCUGCUCCUCCCGCCCCUCUUGCAAGUGGUGCUGCUCCCCCAGCUCCUCCCGCCCCUCUUGCAAGCGGUGCUGCCCCUCCUGCUCCCCCGGCUGGUGGAGCUGCUCCUCCCGUUCCUGGCCAGCAGACUGGUACUGGUGCUGCUGGUACCGGUGCUGCAGGAACUGGCUCAACAGGAACUGGCUCUGCUACUGGUGUUCAGCAAGGAACUGGUGCUGCGGGUACUGGCUCUACUACUGGAACUCAGCAGGGAACAGGUCAGCUUACCCAGGGUAGCUCGGCCGGUACUGGCGCUGGACAGUCUACCACUGGCUCCACUACUGGAACUGGUGCGGCCACUGGCAACGGUGCUACUGGUAAUACUGGUGCUAACACUGGCGCUACUUCCAACACUGGUGUUACUGGCGCUGCUGGUGCUUCUUCCAACACUGGCGCUUCAACCGGCGCUUCCAACGCAGUUUCUGGCAAUGGAAAGACCUCAGGUAGCAAGAGCCAGUCUGCUGGUGACGCCGACUCCGCUCUCGCUGACUCCCAGGAGGAAGACUAG